CACAGCGACCGGCAACCAUGGACCACGCAGCAGAAAACCGUCAGAAAUGGAAUGAUUUGGCCGAAGCACUGUUGAAGAUUAAAAGAAAGCCAACGGGAACUAACGGCACGUUAAUCAGCGACUUAUUGGCAGAAUUACAGGCCAGGAGCUCCAAGUUACGAGUGAUUCAUGACCAGAGGCUGAUUCACAGUUUAAUAUCCCACUUGGUAUCUGGUUUGGUGGAUCCAUGCAAUCCUGAGUCCGCACAAGUAGUUCGACUGAUCACAUCCAUACUCACCCACCAAGGGAAUGUUAGCCUUUCAUCUGAAACCUCAGACAGGGUUAUAGUAUGGAUCAGUGAUACUCUGAGAUUCAAUUUGCAUAAGCCUGAAAAUGAGAUACCAGUUCAGGAGACUUUGUGUGCCAUGUCUGUGGUGUUGCGUGAUGCACCAGACCAUACAGAUGAGAUAUAUAUCAGUUUAGGUGGUACAAGAGGAUCAUUGAUUCAAGCUUUGGAAGCAGGUUCACAUUGGAGUUUCCAAGCCUCUGCAAUGCAAUGCCUCCAUCAUCUAACUUAUGUUACCCCAGACAUUGUCACAGAAGCCCGACAGCACUGUGAUGAAAUUUUCCCAGCAGAAGUUGUGUCAAGCAUUCAAAGAUUGUCAUCCAUGUUUUAAAACAACAACAGCCUA